CAUCUUCGAGCAGCUGAUAGGAAUAAACCUGGGUUUCCCUUAAGCAAAACUGAAUUUUUAGAAUCCAUCUUUUUAAGCUUAGUUUUCAAAAUGUUAUUCACUAAAAUUAUUUUUUUUUUAUAUAAAACGAUGGGACGAUUAAUAAGCCCGGACUUGCCGUUAGAGUAACAAACCAGCAGAUGGCGAUGGCAUCCACGUGACGUGCGUUACUCUGUGACAUUUUCACCAAACGAAGAAGUCGCCGAAGAAGCGUUACCAAACCAAAACCGAGACCAAACACCUUCGCGACCGUCCGGACUUCGCCCUCCAUUGCAUCCACACCAAUGGGGCUGGACAAGUUCUGCAGUCCGGGCAGUUCGGAUCCGUUUUGGGAUUGGAACCGAACAUGGCACACCCCCUCCCCAAACUUCACACCGUGCUUCCAGAACACCGCGCUGGUGUGGAUUCCAUGCCUCUACCUGUGGCUCUGCGCUCCCAUCUACCUCAUCUACCUGCGCCGCUCCAGCCGUGGCUAUAUACGCAUGAGCCACCUUAACAAAGCCAGGACUGCGGUGGGCUCCCUCCUGUGGAUCGUCUGCUGGGCAGAUCUCUUCUAUUCUUUCUGGGAAAGAAAUCACGGCAGCAGCGUUCCUGCUCCGGUCUACUUUGUCAGCCCGACCUUGCUGGGCCUCACCAUGCUGCUGGCCACAUUGAUGAUCCAGUACGAGCGGAUGAAAGGGGUCCAAUCCUCGGGGGUGAUGCUGAUAUUCUGGCUGGUGGCAACGACGUGUGCCACCGCCACCUUCGCGUCCAAAGUCCAGCAGGCGGAGGAUGACCCUUCCACCGUGAACGUGUGGAGAUUCACCACCUUCUGCAUCUACUACACCCUGCUGCUGAUCGCCCUGAUCUUGUCCGGUCUGUCUGACCAGCCGCCGCUCUUUUCUCACACCAUCAAGGAGCCGCACCCCUGCCCUGAACACGGAGCCUCCUUUCUCUCCAGGAUCACGUUCUGGUGGAUCACUGGGAUGAUGACGACGGGCUACAAGCAACCACUUGAGGAGAAGGACCUGUGGUCCCUGAACCCUGAGGACCGCUCUCAUGGAGUGGUGCCACAGCUGGUGCACCGCUGGAACGACGAGUGCCAGAUGGUCAAAAGGGCCGAGCAGAAGACCAUCUUCUUGCCUAAGCGUGCUAUGGGUGAAGGUAAUGAAGGCCAGGCAGUGGAGGAAUCUGAAAUCCUCAUCAUUAAACCUCCGCAGAAGGCAAAGGAGCCCUCCCUCUUCCGGGCUCUCUGCAUGACCUUUGGCCCAUAUUUUCUCAUCUCCUGCCUGUACAAGUUCAUCCAAGACAUUCUCAUGUUCGUCGGCCCAGAAAUCCUGAGGUUGCUGAUCGACUUUGUCAACAACUCCAAGGCUCCGUACUGGCACGGCUUCUUCUACACGGCUCUUCUCUUUGUCUGCAACUGUGUUCAGUCUCUGAUCCUGCAGAGGUAUUUCCACGUCUGCUUCGUCUCUGGGAUGCGCCUGCGCACGGCCAUCGUCGGAGCCGUUUAUAGGAAGGCGCUGGUCAUUAGCAGCGCUGCCCGUCGCACGUCCACCGUGGGCGAGAUUGUGAACUUGAUGUCUGUGGAUGCUCAGCGCUUCAUGGAUCUCAUCACUUACAUCAACAUGAUCUGGUCGGCUCCACUGCAGGUGGUGCUGGCGCUGUAUUUCCUCUGGCAGAACCUGGGUCCAUCUGUGCUUGCCGGAGUGGCUGUGAUGAUUCUGAUGGUUCCUGUGAACGCCGUCAUCGCCAUGAAGACCAAAACCUACCAGGUGGCUCAGAUGAAGAGUAAAGACAGUCGCAUCAAGCUCAUGAACGAGAUGCUGAACGGCAUCAAGGUGCUGAAGCUGUACGCCUGGGAGCUGGCCUUCAAAGACAAGGUUUCUGCUAUCCGAGAGAGUGAGCUCCUUGUCCUGAAGAAGGCCGCCUACCUGGGUGCAGUGUCUACCUUCACCUGGGUCUGUGCUCCAUUCCUGGUCGCCCUGUCCACAUUCACGGUCUACGUGCUGAUCGAUGAAAACAAUGUGCUGGAUGCCCAAAAGGCCUUUGUGUCUCUGGCUCUCUUCAACAUCCUGCGCUUCCCGCUCAACAUGCUGCCCAUGGUCAUCAGCAGCAUGGUGCAGGCUAGCGUGUCUCUGAAGCGCCUGCGAGUGUUCCUGUCCCACGAGGAGCUGCAGGAGGAUAGCGUGGACCACAAACUGGUGGCUGGCUCUCCAUACAGCAUCUCAAUUGUUGACGGCGUUUUCAGCUGGUCCAGAGCCGAAUCACCGACCCUCAAAAAACUGAACGUGCUGAUCCCAGAAGGCUCCCUGGUGGCUGUGGUGGGACACGUUGGCUCGGGGAAGUCCUCGCUGCUCUCCGCUCUGCUGGGAGAAAUGGAGAAGAUGGAGGGAAGCGUCAGCGUCAAGGGGUCGGUAGCUUACGUGCCGCAGCAGGCCUGGAUCCAGAAUGCCACAUUGAAGGACAACAUCCUGUUUGGCCAGGAAGUGGCUGAGAACUGGUACCACUGUGUGGUGAAGGCAUGUGCCCUCCAGCCGGACCUUGAGAUCCUUCCUGCUGGAGAUCUCACUGAGAUUGGAGAGAAGGGAGUGAACCUCUCUGGCGGUCAGAAGCAGAGGGUGAGCCUGGCCCGGGCCGUCUACUGCGACAAAGCCGUGUACCUGCUGGACGACCCGCUGUCCGCUGUCGACGCCCACGUCGGGAAACACAUAUUCAAUCGUGUCAUUGGGCAUCAUGGCCUGCUGAAGGACAAGACACGAGUGCUGGUGACCCACGGGCUGAGCUACCUGCACCACGUUGACCUGAUCCUGGUGAUGGUGGAUGGAGAAAUCACAGAGAUGGGCUCGUACAAGCAGCUAAAGCACACGAAUGGCGCCUUCGCCGAGUUUCUGAGGACAUACGCCACUGUGGAGCAAGUGGACAACACCAAAGCUGUGCCAAACCAAGGACCCAGAGGUGUGGACAACAGCAGCACGACAAAUCUGGCCCAGCCUUCACUAAGCAGCAGCAAGUCCCAACUGCACCAGCCCGGCAAGGUGAUGAGCGAAAAGGCCAAACCCCCAGAGGCGGGGAAACUGACAGAGGCUGACAAAGCCAGCACGGGACGGGUCAAGCUGUCUGUGUUCUGGUCCUACAUGAAGGCUAUCGGCGUGCCUCUGUCCGUGGUCAGUCUGCUGCUCUUCUUCCUGCACAACCUUCUCUCGCUCUUCGCCAACUACUGGCUGAGCCGCUGGACUGAUGACCCAGUGGUCAACGGCACUCAGCCCUACCGGAUGGUGAGACUCGGCGUGUACGGGGCUCUGGGCCUUUUGCAGGGCCUGGCUGUCUUCAGUUACUCCCUGUCCGUGUCCAUCGGAGGAAUCAUGGCCUCCCGCUACCUCCACCAGUCCAUGCUGCAUGACGUCCUGCGCUCGCCCAUGUCCUUCUUCGAGAGAACCCCGAGUGGGAAUCUGGUCAACCGCUUUGCCAAAGAGAUCGACACCAUCGACUCUUUGAUCCCGAGUAUCAUCAAAAUGUUCAUGGGCUCCAUGUUCAACGUGCUGGGCUCCUGCGUGGUGAUCCUCAUCGCCACGCCGCUGGUGUCCAUCGUCAUACCCUUCCUGGGAAUCCUCUAUUUCUUUGUUCAGAGGUUCUAUGUGGCUUCGUCUCGCCAGCUGAAGCGUCUGGAGUCGGUGAGCCGCUCGCCCAUCUACACCCACUUCAACGAAACUCUCCUGGGCACCUCGGUCAUCCGGGCCUUCCGAGAACAAGACCGCUUCAUCCGUGAGAGCGACCGCCGUGUAGACCACAACCAGAAAGCCUACUAUCCCAGCAUCGUCGCCAACAGGUGGUUGGCCAUUCGCCUCGAGUUCGUCGGCAACUGCAUUGUGUCGUUCGCUGCCCUGUUUGCCGUCAUCGCCAGGUCAACUCUCAGUCCGGGCAUCAUGGGUCUGUCCAUCUCUUACGCCCUCCAGCUGACGGCCUCGCUGACGUGGCUGGUGCGAAUGUCCUCGGACAUGGAGACCAACAUCGUCGCCGUGGAGCGCGUGAAGGAGUACAGCGACACAGAGAAGGAGUCAAAGUGGAAAAAAGACCCGCCGAGUGUGCCCCAAAACUGGCCCCUCGAAGGCCACAUCGAGAUCCAGAAUUUCAGCCUCCGUUACCGCAACCACCUGGACUGUGCCCUCCACAAUAUUAACAUGAUCAUCGAAGGAGGAGAGAAGGUGGGGAUUGUGGGCCGCACCGGGGCAGGAAAGUCCUCUCUGACUCUGGGGCUGUUCCGGAUCAUCGAGGCGUCUCAGGGUCGCAUCCUCAUUGACGGGAAAGACAUUUCUGCGAUGGGGCUGCACGAACUUCGCUCCAGAAUCACGAUCAUACCACAGGACCCUGUGCUCUUCUCUGGUACUCUGCGUAUGAACCUGGAUCCCUUUGACAAAUACUCAGACGAGGAGGUCUGGGGGGCGCUGGAGUUCUCUCACCUAAAGAACUUUGUGUCGGGCCUGCCGGAUCAACUGCACCACGAGUGCAGCGAAGGCGGAGAGAACCUCAGCGUGGGUCAGAGGCAGCUGCUGUGUUUGGCCCGAGCUCUGCUGAGGAAGACCAAGGUCCUGGUCCUGGACGAGGCCACGGCCGCCGUGGACAUGGAGACCGACAACCUGAUCCAGUCCACCAUCCGCACUCAAUUUGAGGACUGCACUGUGCUGACCAUCGCUCACCGCCUCAACACCAUCAUGGACUACACACGGGUCCUGGUGCUGGACCAUGGGAGGAUGAAGGAGUUUGGCACCCCUGAGGAGCUUCUCUUGAGGAAAGGAGCCUUCUACAAGAUGGCCAAGGACGCUGGCCUGGUCUGAAACAGCAGGGGGUUUUAGCUUCGCUGCCCUCUGGCUCUCCUCUCGCUCCGCCAGACGACCACGACUCCCUCCUUCUGUGGUCUUCCUUCUGCUUCAGCUCAGUGGAGAGACAGCUGGGGCUGACGCUGGGGAGUCUGCGCCCUCAAAAUCAAAGUUAUUCCUCCUUCAGUGCCAAAUCACAGGCAGGAGAGGAACCAGCCGCCGGGUCAGAACAGCGGCAUGGUGGCACCAGACUCUCAAAUUCGACCCAAUUUCACAUGUCUUCAAACGAUAAGUGCAAUUACUAGGCUCGAGAGUCGAGGCCUUGUUUACGUCACACAGCUUUUAUGGAGGAAAAUAUGAACGCGAGUGAGGGAUGAAGCUCAGAUCCACAGGAACAGGAAAUAACCCAGUCACUUUUACGGUCCAACUGGUUUUGUUGUUGGAGCUGAAAAUGCUUUUAAAUGUCAAAUAAAUGUGAGCAAAAUUGGAGAGAAAAAUUCAGUGAAUAAAAUCUUACAAAUUUCAGUAAAACUAUAGCUCAGUUUCUCAUCACGUUUCCACACAUAACUGAUGUUGGUAAACCAAAAUAACUGAAUUGAAACUGACAGUUUAUUCUAUUUUCAUUGUAAAUAUGGCCAUAUUUUUUUAAAUGUAAAAGCAUUUUCAAUUUUAACAACGGAACUAUUAAGGUUUUUUUGGAAAUGGCAAGAACACAAUUUGAGUCAAAAAGAUCUUUUUUUUUUAAUUAUUAUUAGUUCAUCCCUCUUUGCCAGGUGAUUUAUAUCUCAGGUUUAUUUGAAAGCAGCACGUGGCAUUUGCGUUUAUUGUCAUCACUAGAAUAGUUACUAAAUAUGAAAAUUUACCAAAAAAUGUUAAAUUUAGGUAUUAAAAGUUUGUAUAGCUAUGUGCAUUCCCUCAUAUCUUAAGUCCAUCGUUCAGAAGCUAAAACGCUACUUAAGUCAAGCGUCUUCAUGGUAGUAAGUAAGCGUUGCCUCAGUGACCCUCUGUCUGAUAUGAGAGAUUCACAAUCCAGGAGUCAGGUUUACAGAUGUUCAAGGUCAAACGGAGGUGUUCCAGUGUGUUGUUGACCCACGUGAGCGAGGGUAGCUCUUGUGCUUUAUUCAUUUGAAUGUAAACUCACCCGUUUGACGUCCAAAAGUGAAACGCACAGACAACUACUUGACUGUUACUUUGUGGUUUAUUUAUUUAUUGUGUUUCUUUCAGCUUUAAGAGGCUGUGGGGUGGGCGCCGUCUGUAUUGUUGCUGGACGGUACAAUCAGGGAUGCUGAAAGUGGCCGGACUGACUGGUGAAAGUCAAACUGAAACUCCCCAAAGUAUUGCAUUCAGAACCCCCCAUCGUCGCGUGAUCGUUGGAGUCUGGGUCUGCUGAUUGGUGUGUCAUGUCUUCCUGCUGUGUGGAUGUCGCUCUCUGAGAACAAUUCAAUUCAGGAAUUUGAUUUAUUUUACUCGCAAGUUUAUUUGAAACUGAAACCUGUGCUUGGCUGCCCUCUUGUGUCUGGCGGUGUCAUCUUCUCUGUAUCGCGAUGCUCUGUUUUUAGGACUAUCACACGACAUUAUGGAUUUGUUUAUAAAUCAUUUUGUUGAACACAAAUUUAAGUUGUAUAGAAUUUCAAACUUCUAUAAUCGGAGUGUGUCAAAUGACUUUGAUGUUUUGCGAAGGUGUGAAACCUGGCUUCAUUUGUGAUCAGUUCCCAGGUGGUACAACAGAUGGCUGCCGACAGUUUCCACGCUGCUGUUUUCACUCCUGUGGGUCAUAUUCAGUGUUUCUGCCGAGGUUGUGUUCUGAGGUUUUAUUUUUGAAGAGAAUGCUCAUGAUUGUAAUGCUCCUGGAGAUUAGUUAUUUAUAAAUACUGAGUGAAACUUGUGAUUUCGAUUUGUAUACAUAAUCAUUUUGU